AUGGCACAUACGGAAUUCACCUGCGAGUUGCAUCCGACCUCUGAAGCGGAGGAUGAACAGGGCGACGACGCAUUCAUGGAAGAAUUGCAAGUUGACAUUAUGGAGUGGUUUCAAUACUGUCAAAUGAAUGAGGUUACUCUCAGAAACUAUUACCACGAACAAUGCACUCGCGUUUCACGAUAUCCAUUCGCGCGAAAUGGUCACAUGUUCAUGUUGGACGCGAUGAACUAUAGUCCUCAACAAUGCUACGCAGAGUUCCACAUGUAUCCCGUCAUGCUGCGCGCGUUCGUACAUAUGCUGCGUGACGAGUACGGGCUGCGCAGUCAUCAGCACGUAGAUAUUUAUGAACAGGUUGGUAUGUUUCUCUGCAUACUAGCACAUGGGAAGGGAUACAGACAGGUGCAGACCUUGUUCAACCAUUCAUUGGAAACCGUUGGACACUACUUCAAGCUUGUGCUUCUGGCGGUCCUCGAAUUCUCUCAACGAGUAAUUCGACCAGAUCCGAACUACAAUAAUUAUGCCGAGCAUCACGUUCCGAAUCUUAACAAGCAUCCCAUAUUUAGAGAUUGCAUUGGUGCGAUUGACCGAACCCACGUAAGAGCCGUGCUUCCACGGGAGCAACGCGUGAGUUUUAUCGGACGAAAAGGAAUUCCGACACAGAAUGUGCUAGCGGUAUGUGAUUUCAAUUUAUGCUUCACAUACGUGCUUGCAGGUACGACGGGGAACUCCCACGAUGCUCGCAUCUUGGCGCGGGCUAUAGAUAAUCCCGAGCUUGAGUUUCCGCACCCUGCACCUGGCAAAUAUUACUUGGUUGACUCGGGAUUUGCUCACCGACCAGGGUAUAUGGCGCCCUAUAGGGGCUCAGAUAUAUUGUACCAUUUUCAGCAAUUCUAUGACGGCGACACUGGGCGUAGACGUAACUUUCGAAAUGCCCGCGGAAAAUUUAAUUUCAGGCACUCGUCAUGCAGAAACGUCAUAGAACGUGCAUUUGGCGUCUGGAAAAGUCGUUGGAAAAUACUGGAUCGUAUGCCCAGUUAUGCGUUCGACGUGCAAACACAUGUUGUAAUUGCAACCAUGGGCAUUCAUAACUUUCUUCGACGGGCGGGCGUGGUGAACGAAGCAUUCGUACAAGCGGAGACAGACCCCGACGCAGCAGAAGUCGAGCUACCAAGCACACGGGACGAAGCUUCAGCGAAAAUGAAUGCACCGGAGUCACGACGAGAUGAGUGGAAUAUGUUCGGAGAUUAUCUGGCUCAACAAUAA